AUGAGACCAUCCCCCACGGCGUUGUUCCAGAACUCGGCUCUGCUACAACUGACGAGGCCCUGGAAGAAGUACAGGGACGGUAUGCUCUUCUACGGGCUGUCUAAAGCUGGGAAUAGGCGUACACCGACGACGACGAAGCAGGGGAACAAGACAAUGUACAAAGGUACGCGGUCGUCCGGUAUCGGUAAGCACACGAAGUACGGUGAGUAUGUGAUCAACUGGGAUAAAGUACGUACUUUUGUCACGCCAACGUAUGCGAACCCUAACUUGAAACCACUGGUGAGUUGCAACGUGCCCGAGUUGAAGCAUGAGUUUAAAGGGUAUGAGUUGGGGCCACAAGACCCGAAACUAUAUUAUGCGAAGCUGAACGAAUUUAUUGAGAAUGGGAAAGUACAAGGCCCAGCUUCAGACACUGAGUGCUACGUGGAGAGAGGUUGA